UUUAUAACGAAACGCCCUCCAUCUGCAUCUUUAUCUCUUACCAUCAUGGCUUACAAUCAGUCGCCUAAUUAUUACCCCGGCUACGGCGGCGGCCAGCCGGCAUAUCCUCAACAAGGUGCCUACCUGCCGCCUCUUGGACCCUACGGCAGUCUGCCACCACCGGUUCCGACUCACUCAUACCCUGGAGCCCCCCCUCCUAUUCCCAUGAAUCAUCCCAACCAAUACGCGCCACCUUCUGGACCACCUCCACACCCAAAUUCAACUUAUAAUCCGUCGCAUGCGCCACCACAGCAAUAUCAGCCUCCACAAGGGCCGCCUCCGGGACAGUACCAACUGCCCUUUGGAGCGCCUUACGAACCUUCAAGUUCGCCAUAUCCGCCACCGAUGCCGUCUUAUGCGCCUCCAGGACAGGAGGCGCGCUACUUGGGUGUUUCGGUUUUAGCGCCACACGCACAUCCUUCUACGGCUAUGGCCCCUGGAUACAACCCCUCAGGCGAUGUAGAAGCCAUCAGAAACGCGACUAAGAAGAUAUGUACCGACGAAAACCUAGUGAUCUCUACACUGGCGCCACGCACGUCAAUGGAGAUGACUGCUCUUUCCAACGCGUUUUUAGCCAAGACUGGUAAGAAAAUGGUGGAUACGUUGGAUGGGGAGACGAGCUAUAAUUUCAAGACGGCAUUGCAUGGUCUCGCUCUUGGUCCUUUAGGUUGUGAUGUCUGGCUUGCUCACUUGGCUGUCGAUGGGGCUGGGACAAAUGAGAUCCUGCUCACCGAACUCUUACUCGGACGAUCAAACGAAGAACUUCAAUUAUUGAUUGGCGCCUAUCAGCAGACUUAUCAUCAAAGUCUUGUUGACGCGGUCCGGGAUGAUCUAAGUGGGAAGACAAAGAGGUUGUUCACCAUGGCGUUGGCUGCCUCUCGGCCUCCGGAUCACUUUCCUGUGAACCCUCAACAGGUUGAAAGCGACGUGCAGGCAUUGUACAAGGCUGGAACUGGAAAGAUAGGGACCGACGAGAUUGCUUUCUUCGAUAUACUCGUGAAUCGAUCCACGUCUCACUUAACAGCUCUAUGCAAUGCAUACAAGAUAAAGUAUAAGAAGACGCUUUCUAGGGUGAUCAAAUCCGAGUUUUCUGGUCAUUCUCGAGGUGCUCUUCUAUACAUCGUGAAAGGCGUAAAGGAGAAGCGACUAUCUGAAGGACCAGGCAUCUGGAGAGACGUUCAAUUACUCGAGGCCUCUAUGAAGGGAUUCGGGACGAAGGAUGAACAAUUGAUUUGGAGGGUACUACGUGCGCAUUGGGACCGACAUCGUAUGGAGAGACUGAAAGCGGCGUAUCAGAAGCGGUAUAGGAAGUCACUCCGGGAUCGCAUCAGUGGAGAAACGAGUGGAUCGUAUAGAAAGCUGAUGUUGGCUCUUGUUAGUUAAACGUCGAUAGUGAUGUGUACUAGUAGUGGCAUAUUCAUUUAAUUUGUAACUGGG